AUGGUUAACGGUGAAUUACUUAAAAAGCAAAUACAACAAUUUAAAUUAGGAAAGGAUGCUGCCGCCGAUUAUUACAAAGAACUUUUUUCUAAACAUUCUGAUGUUGCUGAUGCUUAUGGAGGUGUUGAUCCAGAAACAGCUUUAAUGCAAUUACCUGAACAUGUUAAAGAUGAACGUUCUUGGCGUUCUUCUCUUUCCAAUGUUAAAGAACAUUACAGUGACAGUGAUGUUCCUUUAUCUAAUUUUAUUAAAACAAAAGAUGCUUGGUUGGCAAUAAUGCAAAAAUAUGCUGGGGGAUUAAGCGCUGAACAAAAAAAGGAAUGGGAAGAAUUAUUUACCAAGGCCUCUUCUGAUAUGAAAAAAUGGGGAUGGAUUUAA